CGUGUACAUAGAGAGAUGCCUGCUCUGUGAGAUGUGGAGAUUGUGCCCAUUCAGAUGCAUCUUCAGUCACUCCUCUGGAGAAACAGCGCAGGCCAGGAGAGAGAACACGACCAGCUGCACGACAUUUUGUCCGCACAGGAGCGCUGUUUUACCACAGUAAAGCUGUGAUCUCCAGGUCCACAAAUGUCUGCUGUGCAAGGCUUGCUACAAUAAAAGUGUGUUUUGCAAACUAAGGGCAGGUGUGACAGAGUAAUUAGCUCAGUUAGUUAAAGAUAAGUUAACCUUUUCUGCAGUUUUGCACGUAUUUCCAACAAAAACAUCAGAAAACCAUGGCAACAGUUUACAUUUCAGAAGCCACUGGAGUCACUAAAAUUCUAAACAAUUAUUUCCUUUCUACUGAUAUACCUAAAAAUAUAAGACCGUGACUAAACAAAUUCUAUGUAGGAGAACAAAAAAAUACUUUGUAAAUGGUGCACCUUAAGGUGUCCAUUUGAGUGGCAAAUCUAACCAAACCUCUUCGACAUGGCUUAACUCUGCUUUUCAAUAAAGCAAGAAAUAUUGUCUUUUUUAAAAUUCAAGUGAAUUACCUCUUUGUUAGGCACCAAAUUAGAGAACUUUAAUUUUCAGUUUCUUCAAUCUUUUGAACAAUUAAUUUAUUAAAAGCAAUUUUUAAUUUAUUCAUAUCAAACACAUACAGGAUACAUAUCUAUAGAAAGAAUAUAAGCAGCAAAUUAGACUUUAAUAAAUGCAAGAAGUAAUUUAUGUCCCUAGUAUUUCUAUUACACAAACAUUCUUGACCAUAAAGCAUAUGUGCACAUCUAAAUACUGACUUUAACAUGCUGAGCCAAACAUCAGCAGGUCUUUCUGAAUGUUGUUACAUUGACAGUACGUAAAGACACAAAUCUAUAUUUGGGGUGUAAAUUUGCACUGCACUCAGACAGGAUCAAACUAAUUUAAUGAGGUAUUGAUUCCCCAGAACGCAGAAAAAACAGAGUCUGAUGCAGUGAAAUGACCAUGUAGGAUUCAUUUAAUGUCUCUUUCGAGGGUUUCUUUCAUUAGAGAAGCAAAACAAAUAUCAUACAUAGGGUGAUGAAAUAAUUUACUGGUCUGGUUCACAGGUAAUUGAAAGUUUUCAUCAGUCUAAGACAUAUUAAAGUGAACACAGAUCUUGUUUGCAGAGUUUGUGGCUGUGUUGGACACAAAAAUCACUUAUUUGAUGUAACUUGUGUAAGUGGAGGAAUGGACCAGUCAACGUCCUAAAGUGUUAGUAAAAAGUUGGACUCCCUUUUGUCUUCAGAACUGCCUUAAUUCUUGGUGGCAUACUUUCAACAAGGAGUUGGAAACAUCCCUCAAAGAUUUUGGUUCAUAUUCACAUGAUAGCGUCACACAGUUGCUGCAGAUUCGUCGGCUGCACAUCCACGACGCCAAUCUCCCAUUCCACCACAUCACAGAGGUUCUAUUGGAUUGAGAUCUGGUGACUGUGGAGGCCAUUGAAGUACAGCGAACUCAUUGUCAUGUUCAAGAAACCAGUUUGAGAUGAUUUGAGCUUUGUGACAUGGUGGAUUAUCCUGAUGGAAUAGCCAUCAGAAGAUGGCAGACUGUGGUCAUAAAGGGAUGGGCAUGGUCAGCAACAAUACUCAGGUGGGCUGUGGCAUUUAAAUGAUGCUCAGUUGGUACUAAGGGGCCCAAAGUGUGUCAAGAAAUUAUCCCCCACACCAUUACAACACCAUCACUAGCCUAAACCGCUGAUAUAAGGCAGGAAGGAUCCAUGCUUUCAUGCUGUUUAUUGCCAAAUUCUGACCAUCAGAAUGUCACAGCUGAAAUGGAGACUCAUCAGACCAGGCAACUUUUUUCCACUCUUCUAUUGUAAAAUUUUGAUGAGCCUGUACAAAUUGUAGCCUCAGGUUCCUGUUCUUAGCUGACAGAAGUCUCACCCGGUCUGGUCUUCUGCUGCUGUAGGCAUUGUUCUUCAAGGUUGGACGUGCUGUGGGUUCAAAGAUGGCAUUCUGCAUUCCUUGGUUGUAGUGAGUGGUUAUUUAAGUUACUGUUGCUUUUCUAUCAUCUGGAACCAGACUACGCUGUCCAUUCUCCUUUGAUCUCUCACAUCAACAAGUCAUUUUCAUCCAGACAGCUGCUGCUCAAUGGAUAUUUUCUCUUUUUGGGACAAUUCUCUGUAAACUCUAGAGAUGGUUGUGAAUGAAAAUCCCAGUAGAUCAGCAGUUUGUGAGAUGCUCAGACCAGCCUGUCUGGCACUAACAACCAUGCCAUGUUCAAAGUCCCUUAAAUCGUCUUUCUUCCCCAUUCUGAUGCUCUGUUUGAACUUCAGCAAGUUGUCUCGACCACGUCUACAUGCCUAAAUGCAUUGAUUUGCCGCCAUGUGAUUGGCUGAUUGUGUUUACAAGCAAUUGAACAGGUGUACCUAAUAAAGUGGUUGGUGAGUGUAUAUAACUGCUCUCACUCUUCCAUGUGUUGCUUCCACAAUGAGACAACACACAGUCAUUUAUUUAGCUAUAAAUAAAGCAUUUAGAUGGAGAUGUCAAUAAAUUUGAACACACACACUGCCAGCUUGUGUCCCUGAGGACAUUUUCCGCUAAAUAUUAAUUCUGGCAUCUAAUUAUAUAAUCAGCAGAGGCACAGAGAGAGAGAGAGGAGAGGCACAUAGGGAGAUGUUUUCACUGAAUACAUACAAACAUGUUGGGAAACUGCUACACAGUGCUGUAGAGAUGCUUCAGACUAUGGGAGACUAAGAAGGUGCAAACUCUCCAACGAUUCGCAAUAAGCGAGUGAAUCUGUGCUGCAAAUCUGCCAAAUGGAGAAGAGGAAGAAAGGUAAGCUGUGAGAUUUAUUGUUUAAGUGUUGCAAAUAUUACCAGCUUGAACUUUACUCACAUUACAAAGGUGGUCUAUAAAAAGCUUUGUCAGAUAUGGAGCUGUGUGAAAGUUACUGAAGUGGAGGAAUGGGGAUUGAACUUUAGAUUUCCACAAAUAAAAAGAAACAAAGAAAAGAAAAGAAAAAGCUAAUUUGUCUAUCUAACAAACAAACAAAGAAAGCCAAAAACUGCAAUACUUCCCCAAUAUAUCAUAAUAGCGCGUUAGUUAUGUAAAGAUAUAAGAUAUUUUGUCAUAUAUAACACAAUAAUGCAAAGCAUGAAGAAUUUUAAAAAUGGAUGCAUCAAUUGUGCACAUGCAUGCACAGAAAUACAAUAUAUACAAAGAGUGAGCAAAAAAGAACCCCUUCCAGUCCCUUAAAAGAGAGAAAAUGAAAUUCAUUCUUACUUUUUUGCUUACAUUUUGUAUACAUUAUAGGUGUGAACAAAUGCCCAUUAAUUUUCGCAUUCUAGUUUGUUGCUGACACUAAGAUGAGAUAAGAUAAGAUACAAUAAGAUAUAUAUUAUUGCCUCUAAAUGUAAAUUGGCCUUGGGCAAUGAUGCAAAUUUUAACAGCUCUGUGCAACAUCAAUUGGUAAUUGAACAAAAAGUACCCAGCAAGAUACUGAAUAAGUCAUAAAUGCAGACCCAUAUAAUAAACCUGACUCUCUAAAACAUUAUCUGCAUCUCACACAUCCAUAAAAACUUUAUUGCACUGGUAGGAACACCAUGUUGCAGUUGUGCAAACAGUUACAUAAUGCCACAAGAGCACCCAACGGGGAUCCAUUGAUCGGCCAUGUAGUUUAAAUCAGUUCAGAUGGAGCUGGUAUUGUUGACAGUUGUCAGUAGCAUCUACCUAAAAAAAGUCAUAUGUAAUAUGAAAAUAAAAUGUGCCUCUAAAUGCAUUUUCGCAGCAUCUUCUACAGAACUGAGGCUCAUGGUGGUCGGUAGCAGCGGACCCUCGCAGUUCCUACUAACCAAUGCCAUACUUGGAAGACAGGAGUUUCCCAAAGAUGUCACCAGCAUUUCUGGCAGCAUGAAGAGCACUGGAGAGCUGGCUGGUAGACGAGUGGUGGUGAUCAAUGCACCAAACAUCUAUGACAAGGAUAUAUCUCAGGCCAAGAGGAAGAUGGAGCUGAGAAGGUCUAAGUGCUUGUGCAUUCCUGGUCCACAUGCCUUUCUGGUUGCUUUUGAUAUGGAGGAUAUCUCCCUGAACGACUUUAACACCGCUCGACUGAUGAAGGAACGCUUUGGGAGGCAGUGCCUUCGACACUCCAUGGUUCUACUGGCCUAUGAAGGUAAUCUGGAGGGAGCUGCCCUUGAAGACAGAGUGCGGAAGAGAGACUGGUAUCUGAGAGAACUCAUCGAGAAGUACAGCGGGCGCUUUCACAUCUUCAUGAAGAACUGGAGAGACCGAAGCCAGGAGAGAGAGCUGCUGCAGAAGAUAGAGUGGAUGGUUGCCUCUUUAGCGGGGGCCUGCUUCUCCAGCACCACUUUCCAGAAGGCAGAGGACAGCGUGAUGAAGGAGGAAAAGCGGCUCAGGAAGCAGAAGGCAGCAGAGAUAGAGAAGGCAUGGGAUGAGAUGGAAAAGCAAUACGUGGAGGAGGAUCUGUUUUUCCAGAAGGAUGCCUAUACUGCCAAUAUCAGCGCAGAGAUCCGAGCCAAGGCAGAGAUCGACAACAGUUGGGUCAGAACUUCCCUGGCAAGAGGACUGGGGACUGGUUUCGUUGUGGGGGCGGUUCUGGGUGCACUGGUUGGGUCUAUAGAAGGACCGGGAGGGAUGGUUCUUUAUGGUUUUAUUGGGGGUGCAGUGGGUGGAUCAGGAGGGGGAACCGCACAGGUGGCAAUAGACCACAUAGAGAAUAGAGUGGCUCCACCUGCCAGACUCAACUUCAACUCCAUCUUCAUCAAUCGCUUCUUUGCAGCUCCUCGGACAUGACACUGUGUUUCACCAAUGACUAUAUUCCAAAAAAGAAAAGAAAAACUUUACACCAUAUGCUUUUUGUAUUUAAGUUUCACUCAGGUAACUUUCUUGCUUACCUGAUAUCAAAAUAAAAAUGGAUGUUUGAGUA